ACCGGCGUUAAGAAGAAGAAAAAUUAUUUGGUUUGUUGAGGCAGUGUUUGAGCGAAAUCCGCGUUUUGUGAUCAUUUCUGGAGUUUCCUGGCUAAAAUGACUUUCAAGGAGCGUCUGCUGAAGAGGAAGAUUCGUCGUAGAGAGGAGAAGUUCAAGGAAUUCAGGAAGAAGCAACAAAAUACUGCUGAAGACAGUGAGGAAGAGCCCCAACAGGAGGUGGAAGUCACUCCAAAGGUGAAGAAGGGGAAGAAGAAGCAGCCAACAGUGGAUUUUCAAGAAGAAGAGAACCCUCCGGAGAUUCCCACAAAAUCAGGAAAGAAGAGCAAAAAGAGGAAAGCAGAGAGUGCUGAGAGUGAGGUAGAUGCAGAGGAAGCUGGAGAAAGUCAAGAAACGCCACAAGAAGAGAAGAAGAAAAAGAAACAGAAAAAAGAUGAAGAUUCCGUGGAUGAGGGUGAAACAUCCAAUGCAGCAAAAGAGGAACAACCAGAAAUCAUUCUGGAGGACACAAAUUUCUCAUCACUGAAGAAAUACGUCUCACAGGGCACACUGGAUGCAAUCAAGGGGAUGGGAUUCACAAAGAUGACUGAGAUUCAGGCAAAAUCCAUUCCGCCACUGCUUCUGGGACGUCAUCUCAUUGGAUCUGCCAAGACGGGUUCGGGGAAGACACUGGCAUUCCUCAUUCCAGCUGUUGAGCUGAUACAGAAGCUGAAUUUUAAGCCACGCAAUGGAGUUGGGGCGAUUAUAAUUACCCCAACGCGGGAGCUCGCCAUUCAGAUUUAUGGUGUUCUGCAGGAGAUCAUGGCACAUCAUUCGCAGACUUAUGGCAUCCUCAUGGGUGGCGCCAAUCGCAAGGUUGAGGCAGAGAAGCUGUCAAUGGGUAUCAAUAUAAUUGUCGCAACACCCGGAAGGCUUCUGGAUCACCUGCAGAAUACUCCGGAUUUCCUCUACAAGAACCUCUCUUGCCUGAUAAUUGACGAAGUGGACAGAAUCCUGGAGAUUGGUUUUGAAAUUGAACUGAAGCAGAUUAUUGAGUUGCUCCCCAAACGUCGGCAGACGAUGCUCUUCUCAGCCACGCAGACUGAGAAGACGGACGCCGUGUACAAGCUGGCACUAAAGGGGAAGCCCGUCUAUGUGGGGGUGGAUGAUGAGAAGGAAGUCGCCACGGUGUCGGGACUCACGCAGGGCUACGUGGUGUGUCCGUCGGAGAAGAGAUUCCUCAUGCUGUUCACAUUCUUAAAGAAGAAUCGCAAGAAGAAGGUCAUGGUGUUCUUCAGUUCAUGCAUGUCCGUACGCUUCCAUCAUGAUCUCUUCAACUACAUCGACUUGCCCGUGAGCGCCAUCCAUGGGAAGCAGAAACAGGCCAAGCGCACAGCGACCUUCUUCCAGUUUUGCAAUGCCGAUCAGGGGGUGCUGCUGUGCACAAAUGUAGCUGCCCGGGGGCUGGAUAUUCCAGCUGUUGAUUGGAUUAUGCAGUACGACCCUCCAGAUGAUCCCAAGGAGUACAUUCACCGUGUUGGCAGAACAGCUCGUGGCCUUGGGAGUUCAGGGCAUGCAGUACUGCUGCUGAGACCAGAGGAGAUGCUCUUCCUGAACUACCUGAAGGAGGCAAAAGUCCCCCUAAAUGAGUUUGAUUUCUCCUGGAAUAAGCUUGCUGAUGUGCAAAUGCAGCUGGAACAUUUAAUGGGGAAGAAUUAUCACCUCAAUCAAGCGGGUAAGGAGGCUUUCAAGGCUUACGUGAGGGCUUACGAUGCGCACCAACUGAAGACGGUGUUUGAUGUCACAACGCUGGACCUGAAAGGCGUUGCAAAGAGUUUUGGUUUCCUAACACCUCCUUUUGUGGAUUUAAACAUCAGCACGAAGAGGCAGCGUCCAGAGAAGCGUACCGGUGGCGGUGGCUAUGGUGGUAUGAGGGCAAUGAAUGAGGGGAAGAAGAAGACGAAGAAGGUGUAUAAACCUACAGCAGCUGGUGGAGUAUCAAAGAUUCGUCGUGGAUGAUUUGGCGGGAAUGAUUGUUGUUGUUGAUCCUCACAGUGCGAUGAGAAUAAAUUUUAGCAACUUGAA